AUGUCCCUCAACAUCUACAUCGACGACACCCGCCCAUGUUAUGCGGAAAAUGACAUCAUCAGGGGCCGAGUUAUUUUCGACUGCCCUCGAGAUUUCCAACAGAUCAAAGAUAUCAGACUGACCUUCUCGGGGUGCUCAAAAUCCAAGAUCCAGAAAGUCAAAGGCCCAGCGGCACCGACUGGCAGGUACCAGAGCAAAUGCAUCUUAUUUGAAAGGGAAAGAAUCCUCGUCGCGGCAGAGGAAUGCAAAAUACCCCCCACAACCUAUGAAUGGCCAUUUGAGUUUCGUUUCCCCCUUCAUGUGGAAUCACCAAAUGCCUGGCCCGAGGCAAGGCCAUUCUGUGUCGACAAGAACCAACCAUUACCCCCAUCAUUCGAUGCCGAGUGCCACAAUGCGCUGCGAAAGGUAUCCGCAAGCGUCGAGUACUGUCUCAAAGCACAGGUCCUCAAGCCCAUAAAAGGGUUGUUCGAGACAAAGUCGCCCGUAUUUGAGAAAGUGCUGCAUCUUCUGUUCAUCCCGAUGGCGGCACGAGCGCACACCCAUGCUAUCGAACUAGAGAGGAAGCAGAAGAUCGACCGCACGUUCAUGGUGCGCAGUCUAUCCUUGUUGCCAGGAAAUACUGACCGGUCCCUGAGUGUGCAGGAGAGAUUCAAGGCCUGGCUCUCUCCUGGGCAGUUGCCUUAUUUUUCCUUUGGUGUUGAGUUCCAGUACCCGUUUUUCCUUGUCCACGGCAUGCCGAUUCGACUGUCGUUGGAUGUGAAACCAUUAAUAGACAACUCUAAUGCUCCCCGAAUCCCGGAAAUUGUCUUACAAACUGUUUCUAUUACACUUGUUGGCAGGACGGCCGCUCGAGCAUCGCCGUUGCUGAUGGGGUCGAUGUCAGGCGAGGUGGAUGAAGAGACUACGCUACUUUCCAAAACAUCAUUACGAGUCGCUGUUAGUGGACAGAUGGACCUUUCCGAGCAAUUCGGCCAGAUAUCAUUACCUACCACUGAUGUCACUUUUAACACAUUCAAUCUGAGCCGUUCGUACCGGCUGAGAAUCUCGUUGGCGUUCGAAUGCGCGGGGAAGUUGUUAAAUUUCGUUGCUACGGAUCUGGAGGUAGUAGUUCUCUCAAAUGCUGGAAUGACGGUAAAGGAGACUUUAGGCUGGGGCUCAGCAGAUGCGGGCUCCAGUCAUUCUCGAGCAUAUGUGGCCUACAGUUCAGACGCACAACCACCGCCAUAUUCGUCAACUGUGUCCGAGUGGAAUGUGGAAGCAAAGUGCAGCGUUUAG